CGGAGUUGCUGGGCGCUCAGCGGAGGUUGGAGGCUGGGCAUUGAGGGACGGGUGAAGAUCCACUUUUGUGUCUGGGGGUUGUAAAGGUUGGAAAAGCAACCAUGAGCAGAGGACGGAGUAAAAGGAAGGUCCGGCGUACGUGCCACCUCUGCGAUACCAAGUUCGACAGUCAAAGGGAACAAGCCGAACACUUCAACGGGGCUUUCCACAAAUUUAUGAUGUCGAUAAAGCGAACGCAGAUGUCUUAUCUGGAAAACACCAAGACGCUGAACGAGCAGAUCACAGAGACGGGCAAAAAGGAAUCCCUGAUCGGUCUUGAGUACAUCUAUGAAUACGCAGAAGAUAGCAAUGGCGUCCGCAUGUAUGAGUGCCAGCUGUGUGACACUGCCUGCCAGUCGGAUGAAAUCUUCUUUCACAUUGUGGGAAUUCGGCACAGAGUCUUGUACCUGGUGAAGCAUCACCCUAUUAUGGGGAUCGAGGCCGACUUUGACGUGCAAAAUCAAGCUAGUUACCGAAAAUUAGCUAAUAAUGCCCUGGCCAUUGAGCAGACGCACGGAAGGAAGAAGAUAAAUGUUGUGGAUCAAGUUUAUGUGGAGAAACAUAAACCCUAUGAGGACAGUGAUUCAGAGAGCAGUUCUGAGGGCUCCAAAUCAAGUUCCUCAGACUCCAGGAGCGUGGAUUCCAGAAGAAGUAUGUCCCCCGUCCGGAGAGCUGCACGUAAAAGACGCAGACGAAAACACAGGGAAACUAAUAAAUUGAGGAGAGAGCGCAGAGCCCGGGCACGGAUGCUUCAAGAAGAUGAUGAUUAUCGACGACGAGAUGAUUCUCUAUCCAGGGAACGGGACCGUUACCUGGAAUCUCGCCGUGACAGUCUAGACAGGCAGAGAACCCAGGUACUUGAUUGUAGUGAAGAUUUCGAUGCCAGGAGCAUGCACCGUGUCGGUAUACCAGCGACUCUGCACGACAGAGACGAUGCAAGAGUUCUAGACGGAGCCCGUGAUGUCCAAUCCAGGUACCGUGAACUUGGCUCAGUAUAUCUGUCUGACAACAGAGACAUUCCAAAUUUACAACAAGACACCCGAGGCGGCAUGGCAUGGCAAUAUGGCACUGGUGCAGCCAUGUUGCCUGAUGACAGAGUUGGUUCUUUAGCUCAGCACGGUGUUGCUAGUGUCUCUCUGUAUCAACAAGAACGCCCAUUUCAGACUAUUGCUGGAGCUGCAUCGGCGCUUGGAACUACCGUCCCUCCCUAUCAACAAGAACGCCAGUUUCUGACUACUGCUGGAGCUGCACCGCCAAUUGGAGCUGCUGUCUCUCCGUAUCAACAAGAACGCCCAUUUCAGACUAUUGCUGGAGUUGCAUCGGCACUUGGAACUACCGUUCCUCCGUAUCAACAAGAACGCCCGUUUCCACCUACUGCUGGAGGUGCUCCACCACUUGGAAAUACUGUCCCUCCGUAUCAACAGAUACGCCCAUUACCGCCCACUGCUGGAGCUGCACCGCCACUUGGAACUUCACUUCCACUGGUUGGAAAAGGUCCAACACCUGAAGAUGCAGCUGAAGACUUGGAUUUGAGGCGGUGUAUCGGUGUUCGUGGCGGGCCCUCGCUCUUCCAUGAUGGGGACUAUAAAGGUUCUUCUGCUUCUGGUGACAGUAGGGACCACAGUAGGAGGCGAAACCGCUCGCCAGAUCCCCGCGAUAGAGCGAAUAGAAACAGAUCAACAUAUCUUGGGGACUGUGGUGACAUUGAUGUGCGGUUCAUGUUGCCCACGGGGGGCAUCUCAUUUCGAGAACUGAAGGCAGCUCAUGAAAAAACGUUAUUAGGAGGGUCCAGCAGCGGAAACCUUCCCCCGUGGGAGAAGAAGAAGGAAAAGGAUGGUGACAGCGACACGGAAGUGUGCAGCAUGGAGUUCAGUGAUGGUGAACCAGAGGAUUUCUGGUGCAACGAGGAGUUGUUUGAUUUCUUGAAAACCUACCACAUCGGCGAUGAAGAAGAUGUUCAGUUCAUCUUGAAAGCCAUAAAAGUGUUGUCUGAGUCUAUGAUGCGUCACAAAACGCGUAAGGAGGAAUUACAGAAGUGGAUUUCACAGGAGAAACAGAAGCUGGAAGAAGAAAAGAAGGUAUUUUUACAGCUUAAGAAACGUAAAGAGGAUAACAUAUUUGCCACAACCAUGAAAAGUACAGAACUGGAGAAUAUUAAACUGUUUAAGAAAGUGACCGGCGAGAAGAACGUCACCGCACCUAAACCGACUGCUGAGAAACCUCAAGAGACCGUCAAGCAGCCGGAGCAAGCGACCAGCUUUGAGAAGCCGCCCCUAUGGAGUCCUGCGCCGGCAGCUCCAAAAGCUGUUCCAAAACCUGCAGUGUCAUCGGCACAGAAAGUCGACCCGCCUCAGCCAAAGACCACCUCCAAGAAGGCACGGGCGUCUGGUAAAGCCCCAAAAGUUCCACAACCUCAAGCACAAUCAGUCAACGAGCCUCUGCCACUGACCAACUUCCAGAAGGCGCUAGUGUCCGGCAGUAUUGCACCUUUACUUGAAGCAGCAGGGUUCGUGACCCAGCCCCAGCAAGGGGCCUUCUCCCAGAAAGCGCUCGUGUCCGGUCUGGGGCCACUAGUUCAACAGCUUCAGAAACCUCAGGGCUCCGGAGCAGGUUCUAAUACAAAUCCGCGACUCCCUGGCCCCAAAACAGCUAAUCAAAGUACGCCAGGACAAGCCCCGGGCGGAUAUUCAGGCGCCGGAGCAGGCUCCAAUCCGAAUCCGCGAGUCCCUGGUCCCAGAGUGGCCAAUCCAAAUCUCCCAGGACAAGCCCUGGGCGGAUAUUCAGGCGCCGGAGCAGGCUCCAAUCCGAAUCCGCGACUCCCUGGCUCCAGAAUGGCCAAUCCAAAUCUCCAAGGACAAGCACAGGGCGGAUAUUCAGGCGCCGGGGCAGGCUCCAAUCCGAAUCCGCGACUCCCUGGCUCCAGAAUGGCCAAUCCAAAUCUCCAAGGACAAGCCCAGGGCGGAUAUUCAGGUGCCGGAGCAGGUUCCAAUCGGAAUCCGCUACUCCCUGACCCCAGAAUGGCCAUUCCAAAUCUCCUAGGACAAGCCCAGGGCGGAUAUUCAGGCUCCGGACCAGGUUCCAAUCGGAAUCCGCUACUCCCUGCCCCAAGAAUGGCCAAUCCGAAUCUCCCAGGUCAAGCCCCGGGCGGAUAUUCAGGCGCCGGAGCAGGCUCCAAUCCGAAUCUGCGAUUCCCUGGCUCCAGAAUGGCCAAUCCAAAUCUCCAAGGACAAGCCCCGGGCGGAUAUUCGGGCGCUGGAGCAGGUUCCAAUAUGAAUUCGCGAUUCCCUGGCCCCAGAUUCUCCAAUCCAAAUCUCCAAGGACAAGCCCCGGGCAGGUUCUCAGGCGACGGAGCAGGUUCCAAUCCGAAUUUGGGAUUCCCUGGCCAGAGAUUUUCUAAUCCAAAUCUUCCAGGACAAGCCCCGGGCAGAUUCUCAGGCCCCAAUAUGCGUUUUGGUCAGAAUACACAAAUUCCUGGUGGCAGACUUAAUCUGGAUCCCUCUAAGCAACAAAGGCCCUUCGGAGGACAAGCGGCAGUCAGAAAUCCAGAGCAGUACACCCAGGCCCAAUGGCAGUCCCAGUUCGGUGGCGCAGAAGAAUCUGAAUCAGAGCCUCAGAGUGAGCAGCCUACGGGUUCUGCCGGGUUCUCGUCAGACAGACGCCAAGGCACGUUCCCCAACCAGAAUCCUCCUAAACCUGGCGUCUACCCGGCCGGCAUCCUCAAAAACAGAACAGGGAACCCACCUUCUUCCUUCUCCUAAAACAGGCAAACGUUUAUAUGUCCUUUCCAUCUUGAUGCGGAAGUCCAGAGGCGGCCAUAUUAUCAGGAGCAACGCGUUAUGUUCACGUUAAUAUAACCUGUCACUAUGUACAGUCAUUACUUGUGUAUAACAUUUCAUGAAAGGGGUUUUCCAGGCGUUACAUCGAUACUGGAUAUUGUCUCACUCCAGCACCCCCCACCCAUCAGCUGUUUUAAGGGCUGUGGCACUCAUCGGGGGCGCUGCAGCCUCUUCGCUGUAUACCAGGCACAGCGCUGCACUUUGUGUAGUGGCCAUUCUUCGUAUAACGGCUCAAUGUCAUUCACUUAAAGAGGUUCUACAGUUAUUUUAAACUG